AUGGCGACCCCCGCUCCGCUCUCUAUGUCUCUUGACACCAACGCCAAUGCUACUACUACUGCUAUUUCUACUGUUAAUGGAUCUGAACCCAUUGUCUUGACAGUCAAGACGCCGUUAGAGCGGCUUACAGAAGCAGUAAAUACGAAUCCACUGGACUUUAACUCGUGGGUCAGCCUUCUGACGCUCGUACAGAGUGAAACGGACACCCCGCGUGAGACGGUGGAAUCCACAUAUGAUCGGUUUUUAGCCGAGUUUCCGCUCUGUUUUGGCUAUUGGAACAAGUAUGCUUUGUAUGAAUAUGGACUUGGCAAGAAGGUUACGGCUGAUGGGGUCGGUACUGUAGCGACAUCUGACGAAGCAAAGCAAAAGGCUCGUGAAGUGUACGAACGAGGUGUUGUAGCUGUCAGAUACAGCGUUGACAUGUGGAUGAAGUACAGUGAGUUUCUCAUCCAUACGGUGCAUAGCCCCGUGGAUGAAACACGACCCAUCUUGGAAAGAGCAGUGAAGGCGUGUGGAGGUGAUCCUAUGGCUGGUCCAUUAUGGGAGCUCUACAUUCAAUUAGAGACUGUGAACAAUAAUAUGCCUCGUCUGAACCAAGUUUUUAAAUCAAUCAUGUACCAGCCGUUGCGAAAUCUUGAUGAAUUCUGGGAGAAAUACAACCAAUUUGUGCUAGCCCAGCAAUUAAAUACCCUGGCAACGUCUGAAGAGCAAAAGGCACUUGCUGGCAGUGGGGAAGAGCUCAUGGAUGAAGGAUUGUUGCGUGUCAAGAUCGUAAAUGCUGUGGAGGUUGUAAAGAACAAGACGAUGGAGGAGAUUUACCGUCGACAGGCUUUUGAAGCUGCAAUCGAUCGAAACUAUUUUCACGUGACGCCAGUGGCUGAGGCUGCAAUGAAGAACUGGCAUAGUUACCUAGACUUUGAAGAAGCAGCAGGGAAUGCAGCCCGUUGUCAGACGCUGUACGAGCGCUGCCUUAUUUCUUGCGCAAAUUACGAAGAAAUGUGGCUGCGUUACGUUGAGUGGAGCGAAAAAGUGCAUGGCUUUCAGGUAGCUGAUGCUGUGUUCCAGCGUGCGAUGACGAUCUUUAUCAAGUACCGCCCGUCCAUCUACUUGGAAUACGCUGCUUUUUUGGAAGCCCAUGACAAACUGCAACAGGCUCAAGAUGUGUACAUGCACGUAUUGUCUGAUGUGGCCCCAAAGCUCGCAGAAGCAUUCUUGUGGUACUGUAAUUUUGAACGGCGACGAGGAGAUAUUGAAACGGCGAAGACGUGGUUUGAGCGUGGAAUGGAGGCAGUCGAGACCGAAGUCGAAGCAUAUGCGUUUGUUGCUACCUCGUACGCUACGUUCCUUCACAAGCACGUUGGCGAUGUAGCAUCGGCCCGUGCAGUAUUUGAGCGCGCGGUACAAAAACAUGACGAGUCGGUAUUGCUUUGGCUGAAUUUCAUUCACUUCGAGGUCAAUGCGGAUGGCAAAAGUCCAGAAUUCGUGCCACGGGUCACCCGUGUUUACGAGCUUGCGCUCGAAGACAGUUGUAGUCUUUCGAUGGACGAGAAAAAUGAUUUGUGGUUCCAGUAUGUGGAAUUCAUUGAGAAUUAUGGCGAUAAUAUCACUCAGGUGCGCGAUUUACGCCGUAGGGAAUUGGUCUGGAAGCUAAAGCAUGCUCAGUCCCGUAAUCGCACGAUCAAGGUGCUGAAUUUCCAGCCUUGCCGUGAAGGCGAUGUGAACGAAUAUAACUCCAAUGUGGAACUAGGGAUGAAGCGUCCCCGUAUCACAGUCCCGCUCACUUCUGCGGUUCUUUCGGCCCCCGUAGUAGCAGCAAUAACACCCACAGCGGCAACAGCGACAACGCCGGCUGCAGCCUACUACCAAGGCUAUCAGGGAUAUGGAGCUCAGGUCCCUGUGUACUCUCAAGCCGACCCUACGGCUACUGCUGGCCAACAGACGUAUCCGCAAGCGCAAUACCCGAGCUACUACCAGCAAUAA